AACAAGUGUUGAAGAACUGAAUCUCUUCGUCGUUAAUUUUCUUUUCCGCACGAAAACAGGAAUUAAUCUGUAAUUGAAUUUAUAGUAGCCCUAUUGCAUAGACUGAUCCACAGUCUGUCGAACCCAUUUAUUUGUAUUUUUCUGGCGGUGCGUCUUUCUUUUUGUUGAUCUUUUUCGGACUGUUUUUUCUUCAGUUACUUCUCUUGUCGAUCUUUAGUUUGAAGUGAAAACUAAUGCCAUGGUUUCGUUUUGUUUUAUGAUGUUCUGAAGCUCGCACUUUUUUUUAGUUUUGGACGUGACCCUCAAAACAACCACACAGCCCACACCAUGUGCAGCAUAAACGUUUUCAAAAUAUGAUCUAUACAUCGUUUUUAUGCGCUCUGUGCUUAUGGCUUGCACGUGGUGUGUUUGGUGCUGAUGCAGAUGAAGUGACGUCAGUGUCAGUGAUGGAGGGAGAUUCUGUCACUCUACACACUCGUCUUACUGACAUACAGAGAGACAUACAGAUACUCUGGACUUUUCAACUAAACACUCGUUUGGCUGAAAUCAUUAAAAGGGAACAGAUGAACAUUUAUUUUGUUAGUAAUGAUGGGAUAUUUAGAGAUCAUAUACAGAUGGACAAUCAGACUGGAUCUCUCAUCAUCACAAACAUCACAACUGAACACUCUGGACUUUAUAAACUAAUGAUCGGCAGUGACAAAAUCUCAUACAUUAGUUUUACUGUUAUUGUCCACGCUCGUCUGCCUGUUCCUGUCAUCACCGGAAACUCUUCUCAAUGUUCUUCAUCAUCAUCAGAAAAAUGUGUGUUGUUGUGUUCAGUGAUGAAUGUGACACAUGUGAGUCUCUCCUGGUACAAAGGAAAGAGUUUAUUGUCCAGCAUCAGUGUGUCUGAUCUCAACAUCAGACUCUCUCUACAUCUGGAGGUGGAAUAUCAGGAUACAAACACAUACAGAUGUGUCAUCAACAAUCCCAUCACACACCACACACAACAUCUACACAUCACUGAUGUCUGUGAGUCGUGUUCAGCACUCGUGCAGAAUCCUCAUUUGGUGGGAAUCACAGUUUUUCUGGUAAUGCUGGUUGUGGCGACGGCAGCUGUGGGUGUAAUGUGCCUUCUCUACAACAGGAACACUAGACACAUGAGACACGUGGUUCAGACUCGUGAUGAAGAAGAGAUUCAUUAUGCAGAUACAACAUUUCGUGCACGCCAUAAUGAGAUUUCGAAAGCUGAUGACCACACAGUGUACUCAAGUGUUGCUUUGAGUUGACAUCAUCCUCGUAUCAUCUGUGUGUCUUCAUUAUGAACCAGACAUUUAUGUUGAUGAUAUAACACAUGUUUAGUCACAAUAGAAAUAACUCCAAAAUACUUUGCUUCAGAAAGUGUUAUGAAGAUAAAUGACACUGGAAUUCUUUAGACAUUUGAUUCAUCGGUACUAGAUUUCAGUAUUAUACUGUGUGACAUUGUGCUAAUGCAUCUGUUAUAUCUGAAUAUGCUUUGUUCACAUUUCACAGUAAUUUUUAUGUGAAUCUUCAAACAACAGAUUGUAGAUCACAUGACUCCUGCUUUAAGUCACAUAAUCUUGAGCACUUGUGGUUUCAUGUAAAUAUUGUUGAUAUACAAAAGACUGAAUUUUUUUACAUUUUUGUACGUUGUGAUGUUUGUGUUAAUUUAUUUUGUCAUUAAUUUAUGCUGUAAUGUUGGUUUCCUAUAAAUGAAUGAUCCACAAAUAAUAUUUUGUUUUUUCAUACACCACAUGGACAAGAUAUGAUAGGAUUUUGGAGUUUAAUAGCUUCGGCCACAUUUUUCUUUCGUUAUCUAGAUCUAUUGACUUUUUAGUGGUCUCUGUAAAGUAAAGUAAUGGUUUUUGGAUAAUACAAGAGAGAAUAAAUAAUGAAUAUUUUGAUUGACUUAAUUUUGAUUAAA